AUGCAGCGUGGCAGUCCCCGCCUCACGCCUGAGGGGAAGGCGCUGCCGAGCGGAAGCAGGGGCCCCGCCCUUAUCCUCAUGGCGCUCUUUUUCAUGCUCUUCGCCACGUCAUCGCGGUCUGGGCCGUCGGAUGAGCUUAGCACCGCCAUCACGAGUUUCCCCGGCCCAACGCUGCUGCAGCAGCUGGCCUCAUUUGCCGCGAUGCAGGCGGUGGCGGAGGAGGAGCAGCUGGACUGGGGCGCCCCCGCCGCCCUCGGCCGCGAGAAAACGUACAGGCUCCGCGUGCAGCCACGCGAGGGGACUGAGGGCGACCACGCGGGCGAUGACGCCGCCGCUUCCUCCUCCUCCUCCAAUGGGCGGGAUGCGGGCUGGGCGCAUGCGCCACCGCACUCGCGACGUCGUCCCCACCGCCGUCAGCGUCGGAGGCCGAAGGCAGAUGGCGACUCCCGAGAGGAGGGUGUGGCGUCGCCGGGCAUCGGCAGCGCUAAAAGCUGCAACGGCGUGUCCUCCUCUUCCUCCGCUGGCAGUAACUGUGGCUCCAUCUACACGCGGGAGCGCUUGGGGACGUCCUCCACCGCCUCCCACCGUGUCUGGGCGCAGCUGCACAUGGCGGAGGUGGCCUUCAGCAGCCGGAACAACAACUUACUGCAUGUCACGGAACGAUUUCUCAACUACGAGAAGAUGUACCCCGUCAUCUACCGCUGCCACCUUCGCCACCUGCGCGCCGCCAAUGAACAGGCCCUGCUUGACAGCCCCAGCACGGGACUGCAUAACUCGCGCUUCUGGUCGUGCCGCUCAUGCGGAAAGGCCCACAAUGUGGUGCGCGCGUCCUGUGAGCGCUGCCAGCGCCACUCUGGGCCCUACACAAAACUCAUCUUUGAUCAACUGCUACCAGAACCCGACAACGCACGGAGCGUCUUGCGCCUGCUGCAUGCCACACACCCAGAGGUCACCAUACAUCGUAUUGGGAUGCACUCGGACGUGAGCGGGGGGAGGCGCAGCUGUGUUUCAGUCUACGUCAGUGCGGAUGCGGCACCCGAGCUGGUGGCGAAACUGAAUGGAAACGUGUUCUUUGACCUGGAGGAGGAUGGCGAUGCUGCUGCAACUGCUGAGGGCGGCGUGCGUGUGCAUUACGUGUACAGUUCUCAGAGGCCGUGGCUGGAGGCGUUUAUCAACACGCGCAGGGCGCAAUGCAGCAAGCCGGAGGAGCUGCCAUGGGGCGCACUCGUGGUGCUGGUGGAUGCCUCCAGCGCGAAGGCGAAGGCCUCUGACGUGACUGCGGUGGCCAGGGCAGUGCCACCGAGGCGCAAAAAGAAGGACUGUUCGGUUUUAGUGCGAAAUGAGGCGUAG